AUGGACUUUGUCAAGAACUUCACCGGCGGUGACAACAACAAUAACAAUAACAAUAACAACAACCAAAACAACCAGCAGAACAAUGAGCAGUUCAACCAGCAGCAGGGAGGACAGCAGAAGGAAGAAGGUGGCUUCUUGAGCGGUAUCACCAACAAGCUGAACAGCGCCGCUGGUGGGGGCAAGGAGAGCGAGAAGAAUGAGGACUACCUUGACAAGGGUGUCGACUACGUUCAAGAGAAGUUUCUCGGCAAAGGUCCCCAAGACAACGAGUCUGCUGCUGAGCAGUUCACCGACGAGCAGAUUUCCGAUCAGAUCAGGAAGCAAUACAAGGCCGCUACUGGAUCAGACUUCCCUAUCCCAGACAAGGAGACCUAG